AUGGAGCACUCGGCUUCAACUUCUCCCUGUGAACCCAUCGCCAUCAUCGGCAUAGGAUGCCGCCUCCCAGGCCAAGCCUCAUCCCCAUCCAAACUCUGGGACCUCCUCCUCAACAACGCAACAGGUUAUGGCCCCGUCCCACCCUCACGCUACAACGCCGCAGCAUACUACCACCCCGACGCCGACCGACCGGGAAGCAUCAACUCAACGGGCGGCUACUUUAUUUAA